CACACAGGCAAACGGUGCGGCAUCAGCAGAGUCGCAAAGUCCCUCUCGUCUCCCGCGUGGUCGGACUGUUUACAAACGGUGCUUUCUGGGAAGCGGUGCUUAUGACAACCGGAGUAAACACACACCACGCACCGUGGAAACCCGACACGAGAAUCGGCCAUGGCAUUCUGCGAGAAGGGGUACUUUGAAAAGAUCGGAAAGCUUCAGCAGGAUCUACAUGAAAGUGAAAAAAGGAGAUUCGAGUUGGAGAGGGAACUGCUCGCCUUCCGCAGGUCUGAGAGACGCAUCUCACAGAUAAGGAACGGCAAACUGCGCGGUUAUCUGAAGGAGAUAUGCGAAAGGGAAAAUCGAGCUAAGACAAGGAACCUCGAGCUUCGAAAAGAUAUGGAGCGAAUAGAACUGCAUAUGAAAGAGCUACGCAGCACCCACAUCGUUCUGCAUCAAAAGAAGGAAAAAGUGCUGCAAGGACCAGCAUGCAAAAACUCCUCUUUGCCCCUGACCAGGGGCCUGUACCAGCCUGCCACCAUCUUCAUGGGCCGCCAGACCGUUAGGGUUUCAUCGGAACUGGCUCCGGCUGCAAGGACAGCCUUCGUUCAGCCACCGAAGCCCGACUGGUUCUCGAACACCGCAGAAAGGUCGGAAAGUGGCGUACAGAGCGACUCCACAAUUUUGCAGAAGGAUGCUGAUGAUGUUUUGGAUGGCGGCCACUUCUCCACUGGCAGGAAGAAGAGCGAGAGAAAAGGAAGAACCGCAGCGGCCUUUGACUUCACAGUGACUGCGACCGGGCUAGGCGUGGAGUCAUUUGCACCCCCCGUGACCUCGAUGGAGGCAGAGAAAAUGGUGCCGCCCCCAACCGUUCUUAGUCGCAACGCGGCCGGGAGUCCACCUGCGGAAAGAGGCCUGGCUGCCUCCUCAAACCACAUAGCCACGGAGGAUGAAGGGGGAAGUUUACCUCCCGCAAAAGAAUGCCAAGAUGUGGAGAGCGAUGGUAUUUCGAGCUCAAGUGUUGACAUAGACACCUCUGUAAACACAGAAAGUGAGCUCUCUCUCACUCUGAGCGACGAUGAAGAUGUGGCCUUCUCACCUGAGGACUUGGCUCACCCAGAUGCCCACAGAAAAAAGACUGGCAUACCCAGGGGCUUAGCCAAAAACACUGGCACACCCAGGGGCACAGGCCACCGUAGCAACAGCACACAUGCAGGGUCAAAGGACACAGAAGGGUCAGAGGUCGGAGGAGAAUGCAGACGGGACGUAGCACCAUUACCAUCAGAGCCAGCUGCAGUGGGACCUUCGUUGGAGGGCUUCUCUCAUUUGCUGGAGAGCAUUGAAGAAAGGCUCCAUGAAAGCACAAGGAAGCCGUAUGGAAUCUCAUCUAUCAGCCAGCAGAAUCUCAGCCGUUUGAUAAGCCUUUGUGACAGGAAGGCUGGCUUGAAUGACGAGGACCUUGAAGCCUGCGGAGCGGCCGUCCUUCACCAGCUCCAGAGGUUGUCAUGGAGCGUGUCAAAGGGAUGCCUGUUACCGGGGGAUAUCGUUAGCGCCAACUGGACGAGCGCGGAGGACAGGAAAAUAAGAUCCAGCCUGCCCCCUGACGGAGCUCAGCUGUGGGACCGCUGGUUCAGGCACGCGCUCACGCUACAGGAGUGUGGCGGCUUCACCGCCGACCAGAUCGUCGAGCUCUUCACACAGUGCCUGGUGGAGAAAAACGCCUCCUAUCUGGACAAGGCCAAGGUGCUCCUGAGGUCACUCCUGGAAGAGGCCUGUGGAGGACUGGCCUCUGCUGAGAGCGAGGAGUCAGUCGGGGGUUCGCCGUCGCUCCCCAACGACGGCCAAAUACAAGCAGCCAGACCAGCCUGCUGGCCCGACACUCACCGCAGUGCGGUACAAGGACUACAAAGUGGUGAAGAGGACAGCGAGGAAGAAAGCUUUGUGGAAAGUAUUCCUAUUAGAGAGACGAAAGCGUAUCAGCUGCUUAAACAGUCUGCUGUGCAGCAGACACGACAAAGCUCUCAAGAGGAGGAGGAUGGGCUGGAUGUGCUGGCGUCAGGAGUAGUGCCUGACAGACCCGUGGAGCAUGCUGGGAAAGGCAAACUCUCAGACACAAGCUCGUCUCUUUCACAGGAAGGCCCCGUUCGGAGCGGAAAGGCGUUGAAGAAGACAGUUCCCGCCGUGCAGUCGAAAGCGUUUUGGGGAGAAUCGGACGACAGCAACACAGACAUCGAAGCCGCUCUUCGUCCUCGGUCCCGCAGCACCACAAACGACGACUUUGAUGAUUUCUAUGACUAAUUCUGACUGUUGAAGCACAAGAACACAGGUCGUUUUUUUUUUUUGGAGUGCUACCAACAUUGAAAUGUACAUAAUUCAGAUCGUGACAUUAGCAUUGUGAAAUAUUCCAUGACUUACCCUUCAUUGCCGUUGUGGAGCGACUUAAAGCAUUGUUUGGAUUUCUCUCUCACUAUGUUCAAUAGCAUUUUUCUGCAGGGGCAGGGUUUUUUUUUUUGUUCACAUAUUUUCAAAAAAAUAAAAAUCCCUUGCCUCUUAAUGCAGACAAAGUAUGUUAAGAGUUUUCAACCACGCCACUGUUAACCCUGCCUGAGUCUCUUCAUCUCAACAGCGCUCAGAACUCUUCAAAACGCAUUGAAAUAGUUUAAACUUAAUUUUUAAAGAGAUUUGUUUGCAUUGCGGAGGACAUUAUACAUUUUAAAAUUUGCACGUGUUUCAAAAAUGUUUUGCAUUCCAAAUGCAGCAAUAUAAUGAAGUGAGUGAAGGCCUAUGAAAUUACUCAGUAACAAUGGCUAUUCCGGCUGUUACGAAAGCACCUUUGAACUCAGUGAAGUGGCUCAUUUGCCAGAACAAAAUGCAUCAUUUUAUUAACAAACUGCAGAGCUGUGGAAAUGGAUGUAAAUGCCAACAAAUGUUCAGGACCAAUUUUUAGAGGCAUGACAAAUCUGUAGGAAAUAAAACCUGCCCUGCUCAUACUGUGACAGCAUGGUGGCUGCCCAGGCUCUCAUUUGUACCUUUUGCUGACAGUGCUUGGGUGCGCACCACUUCCCUCUGUGUGUUAUGAAACUAGAAAACACAUAAAACACACAUAGGAUGCACUAUGUAUGUUACACACAUGAAAAAAGCUCAAGGCCCCCCAUGUACUUUCUAAUAGUGGCCAUCUUUGCUUUUGUAAUCCUACCAGCAUAUUAAGUAUUCACAGCAGUGGAAAUAUAUGCUUAAUAUAGGAAGCUCAGAAACUCAAGAAUGCAGGGGAGACUAUACUGUCAUUAUCAAACAUUGCUGAAUACCAGCAAGCUGCUAUUUCCCAGCACUAAAUGAUACGAUUAACACUGUGCAGGUUCCCACACUAUUUCUCCCACUUUGAAUUAUAUGUCAGUGUUCUGAAUAAACCAGUAGCUGUCUUAAAAAUUCUUGUUUUUAAUCUCUCCUGUGCUAUAUUUAACAUUUGCAAAGGCACACCAUUGCCUGACACCGUAAAAAGCACUGGCAUUCACUGUAUCCCUGCGAUUCCAUUAGUCAGCUUUUAGGUGACUUCAUGUGCCUGAACCCUCUAAAGUAGGACUCCACACUCAUUACCAGUAAUGGCUGCGGUCUGCCUUGACCUAACAGGGAAAGUGAGCGUGUCUGAAUAAAUUUGGAGUUUGCUAAAAAGCUCCCUCACAUAAUAUCCAUGUUAAGGAGCAUGUCAACAGACACUUGUGUGCCGCAGAUGGCCAUGUGAGAGCGCGGUUAUAUUUUACUAAUAUGUAACAACACAAUAAACAUUUUUUAAGAGAACUUUUCCUGAUCAGUCCAUUCCCUGUGAGGCACUGUUCAUUUGCUCUGUGUGUGUGUGUGUGUGUGUGUGGCUUUUUUCCCCACCUCCGUUUUAUGUCAGCCAGCGAAUCAUUUAAUCCGCGCUAAGAAUUUGCGAUUCCAAUUAUCCGCCGCUUCCUCUAUUGACGCGAUUGUUUAGCUGGCCGAACUGCACGUCUCAAAAAAAAAAAAACAAAACAAAAUCAACAGAAUUUGCGUGCCGCGUAGCUGCAGCUGAAAUUCCACAGGCCGUGCACAGAGACUGCAUCCGAGGUGGCAUCAUUUCUGGAAUGAGUGGCCGACCGGUGCCGUUUAGUGUAGGCGCUCCACAAAA